AUGAAGCAGACAAGACUUGCAAUGGUGAGUGGAUGUGUGGGUGGGUGCUGGAAUGUGGGUGGGUGCUGGAGUGUGGGUGGGGGCGGGAUGGACGCGUGCUAUCAAGUGGAUUGCGGGAAAAGUGCCUCCUGCUCUGUGACAGCCGAUGGCACUCCCAAAUGCUCGUGCAAUGCUACUGGUCACACCUUCAAUGAAGCAGACAAGACUUGCAAUGCUCCCUCUGUGGAACCCACAACAGCCCCGUGUCCCAGGGAUUGCGGACCCGCCAAGUGCGUUGUGGAGGAGGGCAAGGCCCAGUGCAAGUGCCCCUCGGGCCUCGUGUUCAAUGAGGCUGAGAAGACCUGCAGCGAUGCGUCUUAUACUCCUGCGACAGACCCGUGUAAGGCGGGCACACUCAAGUGCGACAAGAACUCGAAGUGCGUUGUGAAGAACGGCCAGGGGAGUUGCGAGUGUGACGCCGGCUACACCAAGAGGAGCGGCCUCUGCACUGCUGUUUGCAAGCGGGCCUGCCCUGUGAAUGCGCAGUGCACGGUGGAGAGAGGAAAGCCGGUGUGUCGGUGCAAGACACGUUUCAAAAUGGAGGGCAACAAGUGCAUACCCGUCUGCACUACUGCCUGCCCUGCGAAUGCGGAGUGCAAGGUGGUGCAAGGGGGAAAGCCGGCAUGUCAGUGCAAGGCAGGGUUCCGAAUGGUGAAUGGCAACAAGUGCACUCGUAAGGGACCUUAA